UCAUUCUUCAUUAGUCUAAUUAAUAUACAAAUGUCCUAUUAUCUUGGUAUUGACGUAGGAACAGGAUCUGCGCGGGCUGCUGUUAUCAAUGACAAUGGUGAAAUCAAAGGAUAUGCGGUAGUCCCCAUCACCACACAUCAUCCUAUGCACAACAUUUAUGAACAAUCAACACAAAACAUUUGGAAUAGUAUAUGUCAAGCUGUGCAUGACGCUAUGGCGACAAAUGACUUGAAAGGACAAAACAUCAAGGGUAUUGGUUUCGACGCUACAUGUUCACUCGUUGUCUUGGAUAAACAAGGUUACCCACAAUCUGUUGACGAAGCUUCUGAAUUUACUGACAAUACAUGGAAUGUUAUCUUAUGGGCUGACCACCGGGCGAUCGAGCAAGCUAAACGAAUCAAUGACACGCGCCAUGCUGUACUUCAGUAUGUCGGCAAUACAAUCAGUCCUGAAAUGGAAAUCCCCAAGACGCUCUGGCUUAAGGAAAAUUUACCUGAAGAAAAAUGGAAUGCAAUUGGCCAUCUGAUGGAUCUACCUGAUUUCUUGACUUUUCGUGCCACAGGUAGUGUUGCUCGAUCUACUUGUUCCUUGAUCUGCAAAUGUUCUUAUCUGCCUCGUGGAGUAGAAACAAAUCUGCCUGAAGGUUGGGAUCGUGAUUACUUUGAAGCUAUUGGAUUGGAAUGUUUAGUGGAAGAACAAUGGAAACGCUUGGGUGGUAACGAACAAGAUGAGGUGCUUCAUGCUGGAGAUCGUGUUGGCAAUGGAUUGACAGAACAAGCUGCUUUGGAUCUUGGACUUUUACCUGGUACACCUGUGGGUUCAGCUGUCAUUGAUGCUUAUGCUGGUGCAGUGGCUACUUUGGGUGCUUCAUCAUCAUCAUCAUCAUCUCCUUUAUCGAACAGAUUAGCUAUUAUUUGUGGUACUUCUAGUUGUCAUAUUGCCAUGGCACGUCAACCUAUUUUUGUACCUGGAGUAUGGGGUCCUUAUCAUUCGGUUUUACUUCCUGACAUGUGGUGUGCUGAAGGUGGGCAAUCAUCCACUGGACAAUUGAUUGAUUAUACUUUGAAUACACAUCCUGCCAUUCAACAAGCAAAGGAAAAAGCGACGGAAAAAGGAUUGAAUAUUUAUACUUUUUUGAACGAACAUCUUGCACAAUUACAACAACAACGUGGUCUGGAUUAUUUGGAUCAAUUGACACAACAACUUCAUGUUUAUCCUGAUUUCCAUGGUAAUCGAUCUCCCUUGGCCGAUCCUACUUUACGUGGCUCUUUGGUAGGUGUGACAUUGGAUCAAAGUGUGGAUGACCUUGCUUUACGGUACUUGGCCACAUUACAAGCCAUUGCUUGUCAAACUCGACAUAUUUUGGAAUCCAUGAACCAACGUGGUUAUCGCAUCGAUACGUUGUGCUUAUCCGGUGGAUUAUGCAAGAACAAGGUGUUUUUACAACUGCAUGCUGAUGUUACUGGUUGCCAGGUGGUUUUACCUGAAUCGAUUGAAGCUGCCGUGGUGAUUGGUGCUGCUAUUUUGGGGGCAAAGGCAACUGGAAAUGAUGAUCUAUGGCAAACCAUGUGUCGAUUGACCCGUGCUGGUGAUGUGAUCCUUCCUAGACAAGAUAAAAACAUUCAACAAUUGUAUGAUAGACGAUAUCGUGUUUUUGGAGAAUUAUUGAAGGAUCAAAAGAAAUAUAGGGAAAUCAUGGAUGCUUAACUUUGUACCACGCUGCUGGAUUCCCAAUUUAUCUGAUUGUAG